AUGCUGUUGAAGGCUUCCUCUUAAUGUCCUCAGUUUGGUGCUUCCUCUCAGGCUGUAGCUCUGGUGAACGCCUUUCUUAAUGCAGUGAGUUUGCAGCUGUGGUGACGGUCAGAGUUUCAGCCGCUGUGAAUAAAAACAUGUUGCUGGGUGAUGAUGGUUGGUUCAUCAUGAAGGUCCUGCUGCUGCUCGUGCUCCUUACAGUGUCAGGAUGUGAAAGCAUCAGAGUUGUUGGUCAAACAGGUCAGAAUGUGACUCUGAACUGUAGAUAUGAUAUCAGAAAGGAAGGAGCGUUGCAUGCUUGCUGGAAUAAAGGAGAGAUACCAUCCAGGGGAGGCUGCAACAAUAAGCUGAUCUCUACAGAUGGAUAUAAAGUUAUAAAGAAAACCAGAGUUUCCAGCAGGUAUCAGCUACUGGGACGACUGGAUGAAGGAGAUGUUUCUCUGAUUAUCCUGAACCUCACUGAGGAAGAUGCUGGACUUUAUGGAUGCCUAGUGGAGAUACCUGGGUGGUUCAAUGAUCUGAAACAUCACUUUGGGUUGUCUGUUGAAAAAG